ACAAGUAAAUAAAUCCAAAGACUACAACAACAAAAACAAACACUCUUCAUUCAUAUCAUAAAUGUAUGUUGAUUUCUCUACCACAAAGAAUCAACAACUAUUGAUAUUAUGAUUACGGACUAGUCUUUUGAUUCUGGGUUCUUCUUCUUUUCUUCUGUUCUUCCUGAAUGAUUACAAUGUCUUCUUCUGUAGUUAAGGAUAAGAACUUAAUGAUUCAACGAGAAGAACAGAUUAGAUAUAACAGCAGCAGCAGCAGCAGCAGAAGGCCAAGAAACCAAUCAAUUUCACCGUCUUCUUCUUCUUCAGCAGAUCCAACACCACAAAUCUCUCCACUUCUUCAAUCCACACGUUGUAAACCAACUAUUUCAUCCAUUUUUCUAUCUACUUUUACUACCAUUAAUAACAACAAUAACAGUAGUAAUGGUAUUUCUUCUUCUUCUUCUUCAAACAAUAUGAAAGACAAUAGGGAUAAUGCUAAAAAGAAGAAGAAUCUUUCUUCUUCAUCUUCAUUUAGAGGAUUUGGAUGUACAUCAACAACUUCACAUCAAGUAUCAGCACCUACUGUUAUAAGAACAUCAGCAGAUUGGCAAGCUAAAAAAGUUAGAAAGAAGAAACAGAGAAAGAAACAACCAAACCCAACUCCACUUGUUGUGGUUCCUGAUGUUUGGUGUGCUCCUGGAAUUGCUUUCUCUGCUGCUGAUACUGAUGCUUCUGUUGAUUGUGUUGUCUCAAGAAGACCAUUGCACCAAUCAUCUAGAGGAAGAAAUGAUAAUAAUGGUGGAGGAGGUGAUAGGGUUUCUAAUAAUAAUCAUACUACUCACAGAGAGCGUCCUUGUAUUUCGAGGAGAACUGCCACUCUGGAACAGAUAUCUUCAAUUUUGGAUUCACCAUCUGACUUGGAACCAUCUCAUAAUGAAUCUGAAGUGUUUGGAGGUAGGCAUCACCGGCAUUACCGACAUGGUUCUCCUGGAGGAAUCUCAGAGAUACUAAUGUUCCAAAAUAGCCUAUUGCUGGGAGGAAGAUCUAGUGGACAUGAUCGAUACAGGGAUUUACGGCUCGAUGUGGAUAACAUGACAUAUGAGGAAUUGCUCGACCUUGGAGAAAGCAUCGGUAAUGUAAGCACUGGAUUGAGAGAAGAUGAAAUAACUCGCUGUCUCAGGAAAACAAAGCAUUCUAUCUUAGAUGCCUUACAAUCUCGCUUUCUUACGGACAUGAACUGGAAAUGUAGUAUUUGUCAAGAAGAAUACGAAGCAGAGGAUGAAGUGGGUAAGCUCAAUUGCGGCCAUAACUAUCAUAUAUGCUGUAUAAAACAAUGGCUCCUGCAGAAAAAUGCUUGCCCUGUUUGCAAGGUCCCUGUAACGGCUCAAUACUAGGCUAUAUACGAUAACACUGUUUUCACACUAUUUCUUUCGCCAUGAUUUGCUUUUUUCUUGUUUUCGUACUUAAGAUCAUAUAUCUAUCCUCCACCCCGUUUUGUAUAGAUUUCCAAAUUCUUGUGAAUAAUCACACAUGACAUGAAUUUUCUUUGUUAUGUAAUUUUGCCUGGAUACUUUCUUUGUUGCGAAUACUCAAGAAAGAAAUUGCAUAUUUAUAAGACCUGAAUACUU